AUGGCGCAAGUCCGUCGCUCUACCACCAGAACAAUUCGUUGGUAUUCGUCGAACGCCCCGAAGUACUCGCUGGAUGCCCCGAAGUACUCGCUGGACGCCUCGAAGUACUUGCUGGACGCCCUGAAGUACUCGCUGGACGCCCCGAAGUACUCGCUGGAUGCCCCGAAGUACUCGCUGGACGGCCCGAAGUACUCGCUGGACGCCUCGAAGUACUCGCUGAACGCCCCGAAGUACUCGCUGGAUGCCCCGAAGUACUCGCUGAAUGCCCCGAAGUACUCGCUGAACGCCCCGAAUUACUCGCUGAACGCCCCGAAGUACUCACUGGAUGCCCCGAAGUACUCGCUGGACGCCCCAAAGUACUCGCUGAACGCCCCGAAGUACUCGCUGGACGCCCCGAAGUACUCGCUGAACGCCCCGAAGUACUUGCUGGACGCCCCGAAUUACUCGCUGGAAGCCCCAAAGUACUCGCUGAACGCCCCGAAGUACUCGCUGAACGCCCCGAUGUACUCGGUGAAUGCCCCGAAGUACUCGCUGGACGCCUCGACGUACUCGCUGAACGCCCUGAAGUACUCAUCGAACGCCCCGAAGUACUUGCUGGACGCCCGAAGUACUCGCUGGACGCCUCGACGUACUCGCUGGACGCCCUGA